AAGUGUGACAACUAACAACACACUAUUGCAAUUUAAAAAGUACUGUAGAGGGAGUGGUAGGCUGAGGUGUGACUUAAUUUUAGAGGGGGUCUGACUUUGUGUGCCGUUGAGAAGGGAGGUAAAAAUCAUUUAACCAAAGUGUGAUGUCAUUCAUGAAUGACCUCUAAAUACUUUGUUUAAAAAUAACAGUUGACUGAAUGAUAAAAGUGCUGUAAUAUUAAAAUUACUAUUUUAAUAAGAUUAAGACAGAACUCAGGACUGCAAAGUGAAAUCUUCCUUUGGACAGCCAUUUUUGUACACAGUUGAAAACUUUUAUGUUCAGAUCAUGGCUUCACAAAAUGUAAUAUCUAAAUGUUCUGUAAACAAUGAUGUGAUGGCUUUGACUAGUCGUUUGGACAGUGUAACAACAGAGUAUCAGAUUUGUCGUAGAAAAUUGGAAAGUAAGUGUGAAGCUCUUCUAAUUUUAAGCCGUGAACUAGAUCAAUGUCGCAGUGAGCGGGAUCAGUUCAAGCUGAUGGCAGAACAGCUUCGUGAUCGCUACCAAAUGGUCAAACGACAACUCACAGGGGAUACGCCAAUGUCUGCCAAUAUAGAGCUAGACCCUAAGACUUACUCAGAUAUUCAAACACAGAGUUUGGCUCGUUUAUUAUUUGAUACAAAAGAGGCCAACAAAUCCUUCAAAUUUGAAGUUGAUGAUCUCAAACAAAAAUUACUGGAUGCUGAGGGAGACAUUAAGCUUCUACGAGAACAGAUAGCUAGAUCAAGGGUGGGCACUACUGAUGAAGGAUUAAAUACUCGGCACUUUCCUGCUCAUGAGAGGGAGGAUUUAGUUAGUCAGCUGGAGGCUAGCAGAGAAGAGUAUGUCCAACUUGAGCGCGACCUACAACAGGUGUUGGAUGAAAAGGAAGAGCUGGUCACUGAACGGGACGCAUACCGCACCAAGUUUGAAAGAAUGAAUACAGAACUAAACUACAUACUAGGGGGAGAUGAAAAAAGAAUUGUCGAUAUCGAUGGAUUAAUUAUGGAAAAUAAGUAUCUACAGGAAAGAUUAAAACAAAUGGAGGAAGAGAAGACAAUGGCCAUAGCAACAGUAACCAAAUACAAGAGUAUUCUAGAAAAAAAGAAAACCAAAGGUGUAUUAAAGUUGGGACAAAAUCGAAAUGAUGGACUUGUGAUCACUCAAAAACAAGUUCAACAGAUAAUGCAGUGCAGAUCUUCCAUAACUCCCUCUGCACAAGCCAUGGCAGACCUACAAGGCUUGUGUGGGGCUUUACUUGAUACCAUCAAUGACAAGAACCUUGCACUAUCCCAUCAGAGAAAAACUAACAAGUUGUUGGGUAACAGGGUCAAUGAACUGGAGAAAAAGCUGAAGACUUUAGAGGUCUCUGGGUUGUGGAGUGUUUCAGGUCACUUCCCUAACCUGGAGAAACUACGAGCAGAGUGUGAGGAAAUUAAGACCCUGGUCCCCCGCCAGUUCUCUCAGUCUACAGAUGCCUCGGAGCCUCAGCAGGAGAUCUCAGACUUCUCUGAGACUUCUUCUGCCAUUACAAGCACAACAAGUAGCCCAGUGCACCAAAAGCUGAACCAGUUGAGCAGAAAUGACCUUGAGGAGUUGGACCUUCUGCCCUCCAAAGAAGUCUCAGUGAAAUGUGAUCAGUCAGCCACAAAUGUUGGUGCAGCUGGCAACACAGACUCCGGCCUAGGACUCUCUGAUGUGAAUUCAGAUGCUGCUGGGGCUGCUAGGGUAGCUCUUGCUGAGGCCAUGCUACGCUCCUUGCUGGGUUGUCAUGACAGCCCUGAGCCUGGUUGCCAUGGUGAGGACAGCCCUGAGCCUGGUUGCCAUGGUGAGGACAGCCCAGACAGGAACCAGUCACCCAGCAGUGUCACACACCUCUAUAUUGAUGGGGAGGAAAGAGAGGCAGCUAUCCAGAGGUGUCUGAGGAGGGAUACUGAUGAAGAGGAUGAGGAUUUUAAUGACUAUGAUUUUAAUGGCAUUGAGGACGAUGAAGACGAAGAAGAAACGACCAGUUUGGAGUUCAAAAACCUUCUGGAAGACGUGACCACAAAACUGUUGCAGAGAUCUCAGGCACUGCAGGGAAACCCAGGGCAAGCAGAGGACCAGCAGGUUGUUAGGCGCAGGGACCUCAACGUCUACAUCACUGAUGACUUCGAUGUGGCGCCAGUUCACAACACACCUGGAGCAGGGGAACCUGUAGACCAGUCGGACACAGAGCAGGUUGUCAGUGAUUUUCAUAGGGACCUCAACGUCUACAUCACUGAUGACUUUGGUAGCGUGUCAAGUUCAGUGGACACCACACCUGAGACAGGUGAGAUUCUUCCUGCCCAAACUGUGAUUGAGCAGGUGACUAAUGUUGUGGGCAGUGACCUCAUCACUGAUGACUUGAGACAAAUGGAUGACACAUCCGAGGUAGAUCUGGGCUUCCUUGACCAUCCAUCCCUACAACCCAGUGACCCUAGUGAUACUGUGCAACCAGAUGACAAUUGUGCUCAACCUUUGUGUGAGCUGACAGUCUCAGAGCCUGCAGGAUUUCAGCAGGUAGUCGAGGCCACAGGAUUUCAGCAGGUAGUCGAGGCCACAGGAUUUCUGCAGGUAGUCGAGGCCGCAGGAUUUCAGCAGGUACCUGAACAUGCAGAUCUUGCUGUUAGUGAAGUUCCCAAAGAUUCGGGCUCAGAAUCUGAUAGUUUACAUACUCAGGAUAUUCUCACAAACAUGGAACCUUUUCAUGCAGAUGUUGAAGAUGUUUUGUUGGGCAGUUCAGUGCCAGACUCUGACGAGCCAUGUUUUGUUUCUCCCCAUGCCAGUGGUGCAGCAGAUCAAGAAACACAUGUCAGGGAAAGUUCAGUGGUCAGUGAUAGGGAAACUUCAGCGGUCAGUGAUAGGGAAGAUAUCAGUAGGUCAGUUUGGGUGGACAGGAGUCAGGACAGCUGUCCUGCUGUCUGGUUGAAUCAUCACGACACCAGUCCUGGGGGUUGGGAUGGUGACACCAACCAGUCAUGAUGUUUGUAGGUUGCUGGUUGAAUCAUUAGACACCAGUCCUGGCUGUUGGGGUGGUGACACCAACCAGUCAUGAUGUUUGUAGGUUGCUGGUUGAAUCAUUAGACACCAGUCCUGAGGGUUGGGAUGGUGACACCAACCAGUCAUGAUGUUUGUAGGUUGCUGGUUGAAUCAUUAGACACCAGUCCUGGGGGUUGGGAUGGUGACACCAACCAGUCAUGAUGUUUGUAGGUUGCUGGUUGAAUCAUUAGACACCAGUCCUGGGGGUUGGGGUGGUGACACGAGCCAGUCAUGAUGUUUGUAGGUUGCUGGUUGAAUCAUUAGACACCAGUCCUGGGGGUUGGGGUGGUGACACCAACCAGUCAUGAUGUUUGUAGGUUGCUGGUUGAAUCAUUAGACACCAGUCCUGGGGGUUGGGAUGGUGACACCAACCAGUCAUGAUGUUUGUAGGUUGCUGGUUGAAUCAUUAGACACCAGUCCUGGGGGUUGGGGUGGUGACACGAGCCAGUCAUGAUGUUUGUAGGUUGCUGGUUGAAUCAUUAGACACCAGUCCUGUGGUUUGGGAUGGUGAUGUUUGUAGGUUCUCAAUUUAGAUUUGUUUUACAAGAGACCAAAAUUAUUGAUUACAAAAUGUUCUUGACCUUUGUGGAAUGAAUAUUCAAAAUAUUGUUUCUAGGAAUAAAAUUCUAGCAUGGUGAGCAGAGCAGGACUUGUACCUGACACAACCAGACCAUUCCAAAAGUAACUUCAUGUUAAUGUCCAAACUGUUUUAUCAUAAAAUAUGUUGCUAAAUUAGGAAGUUUGUUCUAUAGAGCAUUGCAGUUGUCACAAUUGAUGUAACUCUUCAGACAGUGGUAUUAAAAGUUUAUUCUAGUCCUAUCAAUUGAGCUUUAUAGAUAAAUUAUAAUAAUUCAGUAUUUAUUUAUAUCGAGAUUAUUUUUAAUUCAGUGGGCAAUAACUUUGUAUAAAAUGUUACAAUUAUUAUGUGUACCGGUAUCCAAUCAGAAUUUUUGUUCUAUCAACUGAAGGUUUAACCCAUUAUGUCUUAAGUGUUACAAUGUGAAGUGGAUUUGUGAAUGUAUUUAUAGAAAUGGCCAAAUUUGUAUGCUGUUUAUUCCAUUUUUUAGUUGAUCCACUAAGGUUAUUAAAUCUUAAGAUUUGAUGGAUAUGUUUUGAAACUGUACAGACACAGUGAUUACUUAAAGCUCUUCUGUAAAGUUAAACAUUUACAAAUAUCAAGCAUAAAGUAAUAUUACAACUAGAAUAUAAGCACAAUAAUAUUGACCAAUUAUUUUUAUUUAAAUUCACCAGCAUUUAUAUAUAAAUUAAGAACUGUGAUUUCUGUUGUAUUUAUAAUUUCUCCAUGAAAUUUUUAAUAUCAGUUGUGUUAUGUAUGUAUAUUACAAUCCGUGAACUAAUAUCCGUUGUGUUAUAUUAGAUGUAUAUUACAAUCCAUGAACUAUGUGAUACUCUACACCUAGGUGACCUCUAUUUUUAGGUUCCAUCAUGGCAACAACCUUGUGCAAUAUGUUUGUCUGGUUUGUGUAUGUCAACAAAAUAUUUGUUGAUAAAGAUUUAGAUCUCUAUGAAGUAGAUGUAUGAAGAUUUGACCAAAUUAAAAUCUUUAGAUAUUUGAAGAUUUGACCAAGUAAGAUCUCUAUAUUAGACAGAGUUCAAAUGUCUAGAUGUUGUCUGUUCUAUCUGUUUUUUGUGAAGAUUGUCUUGUGAAUGUUUGUCACAUUUUAAUUUUAUCUGUAUUUUAUUUUACCAUCUCAUUCAAAGAUUUUUUUUAGUUCUAUAUGAACAUAUAAAAACUAGUCUGUUUUUCUUUGAAUUCCAAUCAGAAACUAUUCAGAAAUUAUGUAACAUAAAUAUAUUUUUAGAUUUAUGUUUUGUAUCUAAAUCUUAUUUCAAUAUAGCUAGUCAUUUUAAAGAAUAAAAAAUUUGGUCAAACCAUAAGAAAAAACUUGAGGAUUUAUAUUCAUUGUGUAAUUCUAGUCACAACAUUUUUAUUUUUUUACAUGCAUUUCA